CGCACGCGCCAGAUCAGCCCGUUAAACCCCUCUCCCUUCUGCCCCAAUCCCCAUCUGUUUCCUCUCGUCUCCUCCGUCCCGUCCAUUCGCCAGCCGCCGCUUCCACCCGCCACGCGGACCUAGGCGAAAGCACCCGAGAUGGCGAUGGCUCUGCGGCGCCUCGCGGGCGCGUCCGGCUCGCCGUCGCCGGCCGCGGCCGCGCUGCUUCUCCGAUCGGCGCUCUCCCGCCCGAUCUCCACCGGCUUCCGCGAGGAGCGCGACACCUUCGGACCCAUCAGCGUGCCCAACGACAAGCUCUGGGGCGCGCAGACGCAGAGAUCUCUGCAGAACUUCGACAUUGGCGGCGAGCGCGAGCGGAUGCCGGUGCCCAUCAUCCGCGCCUUUGGCGUGCUCAAAAAGUGCGCCGCUAAGGUGAAUAUGGAGUAUGGCCUUGAUCCAACAAUAGGGAAGGCAAUCAUGCAGGCAGCUGAGGAGGUCACAGAGGGAAAGUUGGAUGAUCACUUCCCACUUGUUAUCUGGCAAACUGGCAGUGGCACACAAAGCAACAUGAAUGCCAAUGAGGUAAUUGCAAAUAGGGCAGCUGAGAUUCUUGGACAUAAGCGUGGUGAGAAGUUUGUACACCCUAACGACCAUGUGAAUAGGUCACAAUCCUCGAAUGAUACAUUUCCGACUGUUAUGCACAUAGCAGCAGCCGUUGAGAUCAAUUCAAGGUUUAUCCCAAGUUUGCAACAGUUGCAUGAAUCACUUGAUUCAAAGUCUGCUGAGUUUAAAGACAUAAUAAAAAUUGGACGCACACAUACCCAAGAUGCAACCCCGUUGACUCUUGGCCAAGAGUUCAGUGGUUAUGCUACACAGGUCAAAUAUGGGAUUGACCGAAUUAAUUGUACAUUACCACGGAUGUAUCAGCUUGCUCAAGGUGGAACUGCAGUUGGAACUGGCUUGAACACUAAGAAAGGAUUUGAUGUCAAAAUUGCCGCUGCAGUGGCCGAGGAAACAGAUCUACCAUUUGUGACAGCAGAGAACAAGUUUGAAGCUUUGGCAGCGCAUGAUGCUUUUGUUGAGAGCAGUGGCACCGUAAACACUAUUUCUGCAUCUCUUAUGAAGAUAGCAAACGACAUACGCUUGCUGGGAAGUGGCCCGCGAUGUGGACUUGGUGAACUUAUACUACCAGAGAAUGAGCCUGGCAGCAGCAUUAUGCCUGGAAAAGUUAAUCCUACCCAGUGCGAGGCUCUGACCAUGGUUUGUGCUCAGGUUAUGGGUAACCAUGUUGGUGUUACAAUUGGCGGUGCCAAUGGGCAUUUUGAACUGAAUGUUUUUAAGCCAAUGAUCGCAGCUGGAUUACUUCGAUCAUUGAGAUUAUUAGGUGAUGCAUCUGUGUCCUUCGAGAAAAACUGUGUCAGGGGAAUUCAAGCAAACCAUAAGAGAAUUUCACAAUUAUUGCACGAGUCUCUGAUGUUGGUGACAUCUUUGAACCCUAAAAUCGGCUAUGACAAUGCUGCAGCUGUUGCUAAGAAAGCACACAAAGAAGGAACCACGUUGAAGAAAGCUGCAUUAGACCUUGGAGUAUUGACGGAACAAGAAUUCCAUGAACUUGUUGUUCCAGAGAAAAUGAUUGGUCCUUCUGAUUGAUAAUACCAUGCUAGCCCAUCCGUAAAUAAAGCAAAUCAAAUUUCAUAUCUCAGUUCCUCACCCCAUUGGAGAAAUGAUUUUGCACUGCUGAUGAUGCCUGAGAAAACAGAACAUUUUCCUGUUUAAAUAGGAGCAGCGUACUUUGAUUAAUUGGAACGCCAACCUUUUUUCCCAGGUGGUGAGUGUCACAUAAUAAGUGAUAUGGCAACUAUGUACGUGGAAGAAGUGAAAAAAGCAAGAUGCAUGAAUUCUAUAUAUUUCAGUUUUAUUUAUCUAA